AUGGAUGAAGAGGGAAUUACAAAUUUAAUUCCUAAUAGUGAAAUAUAAUAGGAUUAAUUUAAUGAAGAUCAAAGAAAAGAGAAGGUUGAUUAAUUGAAAUAAAGUAUCUAAGAAAAAUACCCUUAAAGUUUCGUAAGCUAGAGUGAUAUUAAUGAUCAAAUUUAUUUGUUGACUUUCCCUCUAGAAAUUCAUGUUGGAAUACUUACCACUUAGUUCGAAAUCGAAAUAGAUUUCUAGCAAUUAAAAAUUCAAAUCCUCUCUUACUUCACUAACAACAAUGGCUUGAUUCUAAUCCAGUCCAAAAUUCUUAGACUUUCAGUUAGUCGCUAUAUGCUACGCUUGAACAACAAUCUUAGAGUAGGUAGCUUUUUCAUAAAUCCUGUAUUUGGGUAGCUCGGAUUUAAUCUACAAUGUAACAAUAGUGACUAAUCCUUCUUUAAACAAAAUUUGUAUGAAUCUGAAUUCAUCUCUUACUUGGAUAUUUUAAUUAUGACAGCAAUUCAUUCCCUGAGAUUCCAUUUUAUGAGAAUUCUCUUUAUGAUCAAUUAGAUCAACAUAAAGCUUUUUAAAGUCUUCGAAAAUUACAUGGAUAAAAUUAGGUAUCAAGAAGAAAGCGAAAGCAAAAGUAAGAAAAUAGGAGAAAGUAACAUGUCUUGGAGGAAAUUACCAAAGGAUGCUGAGAUUCUUUUAAGUAGGAUUAAGAAAGUUGUGAAAAACGAUAUGCAUCUAGAGUUUAGCGGUAAGGACUAUGAAGAAUUAGGACCCAUUUUGUAAAAGUAAGUUACGACAGAUACUAAAUGUUUGAUUUAAAUAAAACCAGUCGAAUUGAAUGAUCUAGAAGUGGAUAAAUCAUUUUUAAUAUCAGAGGGUGGAUUCUGUAAUAUUUAUUCUAAGGAUAUUUUUUAUCAGUUUGUAAGAGAAGGUCAGAAAUAAAUGCAGUCUCAAAAGAGACCUCUUGUUAUUAAGACCGACAAAUAGCCAUAAGGAGACAAAGUGAAAAAGGAAAUUGAGAUCGUUGCAAAAUUAAGCGAAGUACAAACUCUAGACCCAAAAGAUUUAGCUAAUAAUCGAUUGAAAUAUUUCAAAUUUUCAGGAUGUUGUCCUUAUAUCGCUUAAUUUUAUUGUGUUCCAGAAAGACCUGAUAAGGUGUUGAUGGAAAGAUAUUAUCAUUCUUCGUUGGACUUCUUUAAAGCAAAACAAUCAGAAGUCCUCAGUUUAUCAACCAGAAUUUUCAUAGCUCAUAGCAUAGCCAUGGGAUUGAGAUACAUUCACAACUAUGGCAUCAUACACAUGGAUAUUAAGUCGGCCAAUAUCUUGAUAUCCAAGACUUUAAUGGCCAAGAUUACUGAUUUUGGUGAGGCCAUAAAUAAGAGCAAAUAUUCAGAUAAAGAGAAACCAGGAAAGACCCUGCCUUUUUGUGCCCCAGAGAUCCAACAGAAACUAGAAGCAAACUAAUACACAUUUGCUUAUGAUAUUUAUUCAUUUGGUGUUUUGCUUUUUGAACUAUUGUUCGAUCGAUUCCCCAUCGAUUUUAGAAGAUAAAAUUUAAAACCCUUGGAGGAGAAAUUACAUAAGUUGACUUAUGCUAUCAGAUAUGACGAGAGUGUUGAUAAACUUUUGGGACCACAGGUGAUUAUGAAAUAUUUGGGAAGAAUGUGUCUAUAAUGCAUGCAACCAGACCCAGCACUUAGACCCAAUAUAGAUAAGAUAGUCUUAGUUUUGAAGGAUUGCUUGACAUAUUUAGAUAAAGUAUAUUGA